AUGUCCAGAUCGGAUUCGGAAAAAUACGUGCGUAUGAAUAAUUUCAAGAAGACUUUAAAGUUUAUCACUGAAACAAACUCGGCUGAGGAAAGUACAUUCAAAUUGGGUUUGAACAAAUUCAGUGACUGGACACGUGAUGAACUCGAGCGUCAUACUGGUCUCAUUCCAGACAAUAAUGAGAACAUAUCUCCACGUUUUGGUGUCGACCCGAUAUCGGACGCUGAGACGCUUUUUCCAUUGAAUAACCAGAGUCAUGAUUCGUGGGAUUGGACAGAACAUCAAGUCGUCACUCCGGCAAAAAAUCAAGGUCAGUGUGGCAGUUGCUUUGCAUUCGCAUUUGUCGGUGUGCUCGAAUCGAAUUAUGCCAUUCGACAUGGUACAUCACGGGAGAUGAGCGAACAACAAUUCGUCGACUGCGCAGCGUUGUCUGGCUGUAAAGGCAGCAAUUUUGUACCAUGCUACAACUAUAUGAAAUCCAAGCAUUGGUAUGUUCAAUCAGCAAGCAAUUAUCCGUACAUAGCCAUCGCUCAAUCCUGUCAGGUACACCAUCCCAGCGAAAUUCAUGUUGGUGAAAAGCUGUACAAGCGUGUACCGACCAAUGAUGAGGUAGCGCUCAAGACGCUUUUACGCAAAUACGGACCCGUCUAUAUUUCCUUCAAUGUAGGCAAUCGAGCAAAUGAGUCACCACUUCUUACAGAUAUAUCGAAAAAGUUCAGUGCAUACUCAUCUGGCAUUUUCGACGUGCCUGGCUGCAAUGAGAAACCGCGCCAAAAUCAUGCCAUGCUCUUGGUUGGCUACGGUCAAGAUCGAUCAACAGGUUUGGACUAUUGGAAAGUGAAAAACUCAUGGGGCAGUACGUGGGGAGAGAAGGGAUUCAUCCGCGUGAGACGAGGCGUCAACAUGGGUGGAAUUGCCGCCAAUGCUUAUUACAUCGGAUCGCUUUCAUCUUUCUAA